AUGAUCCAAGGAAGUCUCCGUCUUUGCAACAAGGGAACCAAUGUUGUUGUUCCUUUGGAUCUGCAGAUCGAGAUUCUUAGCCGGUUGCCUUCAAAAUCCCUAGUUAGGUUUAUGCUUGUAUCUAAAUCAUGGCAAGAAAUCAUCAGCAGCAAGAGUUUCAUCAGAUUACGAUCUUUGAUUCAUCCUUUGCGUUUCCUACUCGUUUUAAACGAAAACUGUGACCAAACAGGACACCUAAGUGUCAGCUUCUUCUCUUCAUCCUCUAUGUCGUUGUCAUCAACAUCUAUAUCAACCACUUUUCUAUCCAAAAUAACUUUUCCUCUCCGUCAAGCCGCGUAUCCUAUUUAUUACGUUAAUGGUCUGAUAAACAUUGGUGAUAUCAUAUGCAACCCUUGCACCGGAAAGACCAUAUCUUUACCAAAGCUUGCCGCUAGUGGAGAAAGUAUACGCAGACGCUUUUUCGGAUAUGAUCCUGUCAAUAAUCAGUACAAAGUAUUGUGGAUCACCCAAAAUCUUGAAAGGCACGCAACACCGCAGUUUAAUCGCUAUCAUGUAUUCACAUUAGGGGCUAAACCUAAAAAAUGGAGACUUAUCGAUUGUGGAAUUCCUCACACGGAUUGGUCUAACUGUCUGUGUAUUGAUGGGUUUGUGUACUACAUUGCGAGCACAGACACAGGAUUGAUGUGUCUGAUGAAAUUCGAUUUGAGCUCUGAGAAGUUUUAUAUCUUUGCUAGAGUAUAUGAGGAAAUGGAAGCUUUGCUUUUACGUGCCUACAGUUCUAGAACUUUGAUAAACUACCAUGGCAAAGUAAGGAAAACAGGAUUACAAAGCGAAGUCUUUCAAUAA